CGCUCAUCAACCCGGCUACUAUUCACGUCCACUUACAGGAUAUACUACAAGACGAUUUUCUUACCAGUAUAAGACUGGAGCUGGAUAUAUCCACAAUAAAUCACUGUAUCAGCCAAGUCCGUCACUUUCAUCCUUUGUUGUAUACCCAAUUCAGUCAUUGACUGAUUCCAAGACACAACUCACGCAAUGGACCUAAGAGAUAUUGAAAGAACCUCCCAAGAGCAGGGCCAAUUACAUCAGAAGCUAUGGGAGCUUAACCAAACAUAUACACCAGGCAACGUAUUGCCUAGUGCUAGUGACUUGUCGCGAGCCAGAGCAUCCCUACCAGAGUCUCUCCCUGUUGAAGGAACGGGAUUCGAAAGUGCCACCCAACAUAUCCUUAAUGACUUGGUCCCAGCCUUCAACCGCAGCAGCAUAAGUCCUAAUUAUUACGGAUUUAUCACUGGAGGUGUAACCCCGGCAGCCCUAUUUGCAGACAAUCUGGUCACAGCUUACGAUCAGAAUGUUCAAGUGCACCUUGCAGAGCAUUCUAUAUCGACAGACGUCGAAGCCACUGCUCUCGGUCUGCUUGCCGAUCUUCUAAAAUUGGAUCGGCACAACUGGAAUAACGGAACGUUUACCACUGGGGGCACGGCCAGCAAUGUUCAUGGAUUGGCUUGCGGGAGGGAGUUUAUCCUCCGCGCUGCUGCCAAGAAGAGUGGAGUCGAUAUUGAUAGCGUUGGUGAAUAUGGCUUGUUCGAAGUCAUUCAAGCUACUGGAAUCUCUGGUGUCCAAAUUCUCUCAACUAUGCCUCACUCUUCGUUGGCAAAGGCCGCUGGAAUCCUUGGCAUAGGCCGUGCCAACGUUAAGAGCAUUUGUCGGGAAAACCAUUACCUUCAGAUCGACUUUGAACGACUUGAAGCAGAGCUGAAAACCAAUAAGGCGAGUAUCGUCGCUGUCUCCUGUGGAGAGGUCAAUACUGGACACUUUGCGACGUCAAGCUUGGCUGAAAUGAAAAGCCUGCGUAGCCUCUGUGACAAGUACGGAGCCUGGCUUCAUGUCGAUGGUGCCUUUGGAAUCUUUGGCCGGAUAUUGAACGCUGCCGAAUUCUCUUCUAUAUCAAAGGGUUGCGAAGGUAUGGAGCUAGCAGACUCCAUCGCAGGUGACGCUCACAAAUUCCUCAACGUGCCAUAUGACUGUGGCUUUGUCCUUUGUCGCCAUCCUGGUGAGGCUGAGAAGGUUUUCCAAAACGCAAAUGCGGCCUACUUGUCUGGGGGGCAGUCUGGAGCGCUCUCAAUACCUUCUCCACUAAACAUCGGUAUGGAAAAUUCGAGACGGUUUAGAGCGCUGCCGGUGUAUGCCUCACUAUUGGCAUAUGGCCAGGUUGGGUAUCAGGAGAUGCUACAGAAGCAAGUCCGGCUUAGUCGAAUGAUCGCAGGCUGGAUAUUCGAUCAUCCCAAGUACAAUGCUUUGCCAGAGUUGGCAAGCAAGGAUGAGUUGCAAGACCAGACCUAUAUCAUAGUGCUGUUCAGUGCAAAGGACGACGAGUUGAACGACAACUUAACCAAGGAGAUAAAUGCGACUUCUAAGCUUUUUGUGUCCGGAACCUCCUGGCAAGGAAGACCGGCUUGUCGCAUCGCAAUCUCAAACUGGAGGGUGGAAGAAGAAAGGGACUUUGCACUUGUGACAGAUGUCUUGGACAACGUGGCUGGAAGAGUAUAGAGAUAUGACACGGUUGGGCUUAUGCUUGAUGUCUGCUUUCAUGGUACAAUUUAAUCUCAAUAUAUACUAGCUAUGCUUGUAAUUGGAGGUUGAGGUUGUUUCACUUCAUCGCUUUUGCAGACUUAGUGACAUUUACCAGAUAUUACUAAACACCCCAGUUGUG